AUGAACGUUCUCCUUGCCUAUCAAACCCAGCAGCUCACAAUUGAGAUGCCAAACGUUCAGCUCGAAUCUGCCAGGGCAAAGGCCCAGGGAGCAAAGAUCUGGGGUCAAGGUGCUGGCCAAGGAGUGCUGGCACAAGGAAAGGCCAAAGCCAAAGGCGGCAAGAGUGGUAAAGGUGUCGCAAAAACUGGUGCGGCAGGGAAGGGAAAAGCUGGUGGCAAAGGAACCACUGGAAGUGGUCCAGUGGCGGCUCAGCAGGCUCCACCCAGUGGGUUGCGGCUUCCUCUGGCAACGGGACAGCAGGAGGUCAAGGAGGGCAAAGAGAGCAAGGAAAUCGAUUAUGGUGCAUGUGUUCAUUGCCACACCAAAUUCACCGAUGACAGCAUCUAUUGUCGCCACUGUGGCGUUAGACGAUUGGAGACAUCGCUGGAUUGGGACCAAGUCGAUGAAGUUUCCCAGGCACACAAAGAUCCGCCAGGAAGUGCCCAGAUCGGAACGGCAGAGCAGCUUGGGCAAGAUGCUCCGGGAACCCCAGAAUUUCCGGGGCCAAUGGAGGCAACAGCAAGUGCUCCUUCCUCCGGGCCUCUGCCUUUUGAGCAAGUGCAGCCACCGAAACAGCGAAUGCCACCACCGAUGCCGCCGCCACCCGGUUCUACAGCCCCAACUGCAGAAACUGGAGAGGAAGCUGCAGAAGAGGAGGUGGCUGUGCCCUGGAAAGUGGAGCCCGUGAAGCCCAAGGCCGCUCCGAAGGCCAAGGUCGUCUCCAAGGCCAAGGUUGCACCGAAGUCUCCCAGAAAACCCGUGCCACCAGGAGCGCCGCCCAAGGCUAUCCCAAAGCCUCCUUCCGGGACACCUGCGGCACCGAAAAAGGAGGUAUCUUUCAAUUGUCCCAUGAUGGAUUCCGAGGGCGGUGAAAUCACUACUGUGACCAAAGCAGUUUCUGUGAAGGAGUUGAAGGCUCUGGCGUCCGAAUCACUUGGCAUCAGUGAAAAGGAUCUUCGCAUAGUUUUGGACUCUGCAGCUGGUCGCCGUGUAUUACAAGACACCACCGAAGUCCUGGAUGCAAACCUCUUAUCCGCAGCAGACCUUGUGGUGGAGCAGCCAGUGGCUCUGAACGUGGUGGAUGUCAAAGGCAACACCUCCACAAUCAAGGCAGAUCGUUCCUGGAGCUCUGCGAAGCUGAAGAGUGUUGUGGCAGCCCAAAGCGGUUUUGACGAAGACGACAUCCUGUUGAAGUUUGGCCGCACUCCAUUGCCAGCCUCAGAUCAACCACUGGGGGACUUUUUACCCGCUGGACCUCAGCAAGAACUGAUAUUAUCCAGGCCGGUGGAUGUCAGUAUUUCAGACGAUGCUGGUCACAGGUGGGUAAUCUCCGCAGAUCGCUCUUGGAAAUUGCGGAAGGUUCAGCAGAAACUCAUGGAAGAGUCAGGUUUUGCCCUGGAAGAACAGACACUGCAGCAUGCAAAGCUGAACUCAGAUGGUAAACUUCCAACUUUGGCUGCGGAGACAGAGUUGGAUGAGGUCGUGCAAGAGGGUGCGCAGGAGCGUGGAGUCAAAGAAGCUCGCGAAGCCCGCCGGAGGCAGGCGGAACUCGAUGCUGGUGAAGUCAUGCCAUCUGCACCUGGAAGUAACUUCUUAAGCGCCCUGCCUGGCCUGCCUCUUCCAUGGGAACAGACACCGACGCAGGAGCGCAUUCACCCAAAGACUGCCCAGGCUGCGGCAACUGAGGCAACUGAGACUGAACAGAUUUGGAAGUACCCGCCGCAUUCCCUGGACUACACUCGCCUCCUCAGCAGGAAACCGCAGAAGGUGGAAUUUUCCGCUCUUCUUGUAGAUCCUCCAUGGCGACAGACGCAAGCUGAGAGUGAAGGUGAAGAAAGUCAGGGAAAAGGCUGGGAAGGAAGCGAUGCAAGCGAUGCAAGUGAUGGCAGUGAUGGAAGUGGCAGAAGCCCAGCUGUGGCGAAACCUUCAGACAAGGCAAAACAGCUUCGCCGAGUUCCUUCAGACACUUCGGAGGAGGAGGAGGAGGAGACGCCAGCAAGACCGGCAAGACCGGCAAGACGCAGAGACAGUGACAGCGAAGACUUGGAGAGCGGAGAUUCACUUGACAGUGCUGGUGCUCCUGUUGCUCCUGGCGCUCGUGCAGAGGAGAGUGAGAAGAGUGAGGAGAGUGGUGACGAGUUGUUUCAUCAUCAAGAUCUUCAGACAGCUGAGGUGGGCUCCAAAAAGUCCGCCGCAAGAGUCGAAGUGCCAAGAAUCGAAGCUCGGACGAGUGGCAACUUUGGAAGUGCGAGCCAAAGAAGCAGCCAAAGGAGCAACCACAGCUCUGACAUGAGCAAUGGGAGUGAGGCUGAUCAAGAUUCACCUACUUGGGGCACAGAUCUGGGAGCCUACGCAGAGACUGCCGUAGCUUGGAAGAAAUUGAAGACCGCCAGGCUUCAGGGCGAGGUGCCUGCAGCUGGCAGUGACAAUUGGAAUCCUGACAGUUCCACAUCGGAACAUACAGUGACAAAGUAUGACAAACAACGGCUUCGUGAUUCGGUGGCACCUGGACCUGGGACCAUCGUCUUUGUGAACCCACAAGACCAUCCUGGCAUUGGAACUCCUGGAGGCAGCAGAUCUGCAGCAAAGCGAGUGCUUCGCCGGCAGCGUCUUCAAGAUGCCAGAGCGGGGCACGCAGACGCGUGGCACGAAGCUGCCAGCUCGAAUCGAAUCCGCUCGAGCAUUCGCCAAGAGCUUCAAGAGCUCCGGCGACCGGGAUGA